AUGGCGGAUGAAAUGGACGAGGCAAACUCCACCACAGUGGUCUCUGAGUUCAUUUUUGUAGGGUUCACGGAUAACCCAACACUGCAGGUCAUCAUCUUUGUGCUGUUCUUAGCUAUUUACAUCAGCACCCUCGCAGGGAACUUUGGGAUGAUUGUGUUAAUCGGAGUCAGUCCAAAACUGCACACCCCCAUGUACUAUUUCCUCAGUAAUUUGUCCUUCCUGGACAUCUGUUAUUCCUCUGUGGUUGCGCCCAAGACACUGGCAAGCUUCUUAGAGGAAAAAAGAGCCAUCUCUCUGGCUGGCUGUGCAGCACAGUUGUACUUUUUUAUAGCCUUGGGGACCACAGAGUGUUUCCUGCUGGCCGUCAUGGCCUAUGACCGGUAUCUGGCCAUCUGUAACCCACUGCUGUAUCCUGUUAUCAUGUCACCUAGAGUCUGUGUCCCUCUGGUAUUUGGGUCCUACAUAACAGGACUACUGCAUUCUAUGGUACACACAGAUUUCACCUUCCGUUUGUCCUUCUGUGGGUCUCACGAGAUCAAUCACUUCUACUGUGAUAUCACACCUCUCUUAGCUCUCUCCUGCUCUGACACUCAUCUCAAUGAAUUCCUAGGCCUGGUCAGAGAACAAGAAUUCUGUCUGGGAAAACAUUUCAAGGUUUUGUAA